AUGGCGACGGCGACGCUGCCGGCGCUGCUGCUGUCUCUGCUCUCAAACCUGGGCGGCGCGGGCGGCCAGGUCUCGCCCGUGCGGUUCGUGCAGGUCAGCAAUUGCACCGAGAGGCAGUAUUUCGACAUCUCCAGCCUCUGGUGUCGGCCGUGCGCCGCCAAGGGACGGCGGAGCAGUGACGGAAUGUCAUGUUCCUGUCUGCCAGGAUACCGACAGAAGUUCAGUUUCGUUCAUUCCUCCAAAUCAUGCCAAAAAUGCCCACAAACUAGUCCGGCAGUAACUCAGGAUGGAUGGAACUGCAUUAACUGUCCUUCAGAUGCCACUAUAAAUAUUGAUGGGAAAUGUCAGUGCUCAACAGGACGUAUUUUGGUGGAAAGGACUAUUAAUGGCGAACUAUUGAAAGAAGCUUUGUGUGAGGUCUGCAACAGUACUCGCCCCUCCUUGUCUGUUCCAAACUUUGCAGGGGACCGAUGUGUCAGCUGUCAAGAAGCAUUUAUCAAUGUAAAACAAUCUUGUGAUUGCCAGAAAUACCUUUUGGUAGGAGGGCUGUGUUUUCCUACUGAUACUGACGGCUUGCCCACUUCUGUUUUUACCAUUAUUAAUUAUGCACAUGGUUUAAAAGUGGCUUCUGCUUGGUUAGGUGUGCAUUUAAGAGCAGCAGCUAAAGCUUGUUUGCAAUUUGCAAAUCUAACUGCUUGCCAGGCACUAGGUAAUAUGUGUGUUAUGAACAUGAAUUCCAUGAACCUUGCAACAGUGCCCAAUGAUGCUUGUGGACUUUAUCAAACCAUACAUAGAUUGACGGGGAACCUUGGAAUUGUGCAUUCAGCGCCCAACUGGCGAAAGAAUCUUCCCUGGUUGUACUAUGACAGCCGACAUGGUUAUGCAAGAAUUCUUGAAAGUGAACCAUUUGCAACUAGUUUCCAUUUUAAGAAAUCCUCCAAAAAUAUGAAACUGCGUUUCAUUAUUGCCAAAUAUGAUGCACGAGGACAUUUUCUUAAUUGGGAAAAUGUAGUUGGAGGUACCUUACAGUUGUGCCCUGAUACCACGAGUAGGCUGAAUACUGCUUAUAACUUUGGAAGUACCUAUCAUCAAAGUUGUACACUUUCUGUUUCCAAGCUUUUAGCACAAUAUGCUGAGCCUAUCUUCUUUGACAUAUUCAUAAUUUACAAUGAAAAAAGUGGUCAGGAAUUCCUGUGGCCCAUUCCAGUUCUUAAUUUAAAUCUUCAAUAUGAUGGAACAUUAGUAAAUAAAGAUAAUAUAAACAAAAAUUAUCAUUUAAUACGGCGUAUGUUCUUGGUGGAUACUUUAAGUGGUCGUGAACUGCAUUUAGAGAACCUGCCUAAAGUGAUUCGAGUUGCUACAAAGAUAAAAAUCAGUGUUAACCUUGUGCCUAAAACUCUGAAGGGAAACAUCUUUCUUCCAUUGAUCACCGUUGCCUACACAGACAUUGAGCUCCAGGAUCCUGCUUCACAGACUGUUCCAGCAACUUUUUCAGUUGAAUAUAAAAUGGAUAUGAACGAAGCAGAACUGAAUGUCAAUAUUACUUUGGGUUUUCUGGCUGGAAUAUCAGUGAUCUACUCUGUCCUGAAAACAGCCAGUUGGAAAAGACGAAUUGGCUCUCCCAUGAUUGACCUUCCAACAGUCAUCAAGUUCUUGCUGUUUUAUGCUGGAGACCUAGCAAACAUCUUUUUUCUUGUAACAGUUGGAACAGGCCUGUACUGGCUCGUAUUCUUCAAGGGUCAGUGGGUUGUCUCUGUUCUUCUUCCCACACCAUACCAGGAGAGACAGUUUGUUGGUUGUAUAGCAAGUGCAUUUGGACUGAAGAUGCUUCAGCUUUUACAUAAGAUUCUAAACCAGUUAACUAUCGACAUCUUUUUUAUUGACUGGGAGAGACCAAAGGGCAAAAUUCUCAAGUCUGUUCAAGGUGGAGGUGAUAUAAAGACUGCCCCUACCCCUGUGAGCAUCUGGAGGACCUAUUUAAUAGCAAAUGAAUGGAAUUGCAUUCAGACAGUCAGGAAACAUAAUCCUAUUUUUCAAGUUUUCGCUGUGCUAUUUGUUUUAGAAAUUCUCGGUUUUGGAAAUCUGACUUCAAUGGAUUCUGACUCCAGUCUCAACAGAACUGCUGUGAAUAUUGUUGUACCAUCAAGCCCCACUCUGAGAUAUGGUGUAGCUAGUAGUGUGUGGCUGAUGAUCGGCCUCAUGCAGAUCACUUUUUGCACAUUAUUUUACGAACGAUUUGUGGAAGAUAAAAUAAGACAGUUUGUUGACCUUUGCUCAAUGAGUAAUAUCUCUGUUUUUAUUUUGUCGCACAAAUGUUUUGGAUAUUACAUUCAUGGAAGAUCUGUCCAUGGUCACGCUGACACUGACAUGCAAGAAAUGAACCUGAAUCUAAAGAGAGAGGCGGAAAAUCUCUGUGGCCAAAGAGGUUUGCUUCCCAAUACCGAUAUUGAGACAUUUCAAAUUUUCAUCACUAAUCGGAUGAGGCAACAUUAUGACAAGAUUAGAGAGUCACUACUUUGGAAAAAUGGACCUACCCGACCAUUGAUUAACUCUGGUGAUGCUUUUGAACAGAAUGUAAGGACCUACAAUAACAUGAAUAAAUUUCUUAGUUCAUUUGUUGAUCAUUCCCUUCGUGACCUGGAUUACAUUGUGAAGGACAAACUGUUGUUGGAACGAAUAAUAGGAUUGGAGCUGAAUGAACCAACAGACAUGAGCAUAUUUUACAAUGAUGAAACUUAUUCAUUCAGUGAUGUACUCUACUAUGGCAAUGAAGGCACACUGCUCAUCUUUGACACACUAUUCUUCUGCAUUGUGGACCUUGUUUCCCAGAACUUUGUUUUUGCUGCUAUUAUGACUUAUAUACAACAAGAGUUUUUUCGGACAAUCCGUCAUGCAGUAGCACGCAAGAAUCUAGCCAUGAAAACACUUAUAGAUGAGCGAUUUCUCCUGUAAAAUGUGCAUCUGUGAGGAAUGCAUUCAUAGGCCACCUAAUACCAGGAAUUAGUGUAACCAACUUCUAUUAUUUGAUCUAAUUCUCACCUUUGAUUACCAAACGUUCCCAAUUACUAUGACGAGUUCUCAAUAACUGUUAAGUGUUAAAGUAGUUGCAAUAUUGUAUAUCUUAUUUACUAGGUUAUUGUGCAGUGUUAUUUAUGUUUGCCACUUUCAUUAGUUAUAGACUUUUUUUUCCCCAUUGUAUUUUUAAUUUCUUUACCUGUUUUCAGUUCUUACACCAAUCACUAUUCCUCAAUCAAGGGGAAGAAUGGUUGAACAUUGUUUUAAAGCUUCUGUGAAUAUUGUUCCAUGACUAGCAAUUAAAGAAUGAUCCGGAGUGCUGGGCUCCAUUUCCUAAAGAGAAGAGCUUAGCUUCUGUCAAUGCUGCUCCUAAAAUGGUAACAACAACUCAAUAGGGUAUGUAAAAAGGACUCUCGUGUCAAAACCAUUGAUAAACAUGCUUGUGUUGUUUAAAUUUAUAACUUUUCUUCUGUUCUCUGUUAAAGUUUUUAUACACAUUUAAUAUAUAUCUUCUGAAAAACUAUUAUAUGUUUUAUUGUACACAAACACAGUAAAGUGAAUGGUGAUAUUAACAUGGUAAAGCACUCAAGGGUUGAAGUUCUGGGCGACAAACUUCCAGUAUGUUCAACUCUUUUUUUGGCAAAAUUAUUAGCUUAUGAAACCUGUUCCUCCAGACGUUUGCUAUCAAAUAACAUGAUGAUAUUUUCAAUCAGCUAUUAUGGUUCAAAUGUGGCACAAGGCACAUACGUAAGAAGAGAACAGUACAAGCUAUUACCAGGGAAAGUUUUACUAAGGAUAUAGUGUUUGACAUUAGAUACCUACUAAAUUCUGUGGAUUAAAGAAUGCUGGAAAUCACCCACAGUGUCAUGGUCAAUCGACACAGAGGUGGAAAGCCUACCUGAUACAUUGCUCAACAAGAAAGCCUGUAAUAAACAUGAUUGCCACAGCACAGUAUGAUUGUACUGUACCUAAUUGAUAGUGGUACUGGGGGUCCAGAAUGGGGAAAAAAGCACUGAAGCAAACUCUGAACCACCAAAGAUAUCUCUAUCCAGCUCUGAGGUGCAUGAAAAAAUAUAUGUAGAUCAACAUCACAUAUACUACAUUGAAGCGUCUCAAAGCAUUUCAU